AGCGCUCCGUGGGGGGAGCAGCCGGCGGGCCCCGGGGGGGGGGAAGCACGUGGCCGGGGGAAGCCCUGCGCGCCGGUAGCCCCGACUAGCAGCCAUCCCCCCGGGCUAGGCCUGCACCCGGCGCUGGACGGCGGCCAGCUCCCUGCCAGCGCAGACUGGGGGCGAGGCUCCCCGCGGCGCAGGGCGGAGCCGGCCCGGGAAGCCGGCGCUGCCCAGCGGCUGCCUCCUCGCAGCAGAGGGCGGGACUCGUUCCGCCGACUGCAGCCCCCGGCCGGCGCUAGGCUGGGCGGGCCGAGCCGGGACCGCCUCCUCGUCCUGCCUCUAGCAAACAUGGCUGCAGCCGCGGCCGCCCCGGCCGUGAAGAUUGGAAUUAUUGGUGGGACUGGCCUGGAUGAUCCUGACAUCUUGGAAGGAAGAACAGAAAAAUAUGUGGAUACUCCUUAUGGCAAGCUCCAAGUACAACGUAAGAUAUCAGUAGAAAAGGCAGCUAAACCUUCAGCCCCAACUGGGCACAGCAUGCAGUCCUCUUCCCCCACAGGGAGGCUUCUUUGGCACCCUUGUCCAGGAGACCUCAAACCGUCGGAUGCUUUGAUAUUGGGAAAGAUAAAAAAUGUUGACUGUGUGCUUCUAGCAAGGCAUGGGAGACACCAUACUAUUAUGCCAACUAAUGUCAACUUCCGUGCCAACAUCUGGGCAUUGAAAGAAGAGGGUUGUACUCAUAUUUUAGUAACUACUGCCUGUGGUUCAUUAAGAGAAGAAAUACAGCCUGGAGAUAUUGUUAUGAUUGACCAGUUCAUUGACAGGACUAUCAAAAGACACAGCACUUUUUAUGAUGGGUUCUAUUCCAAUCUUCCAGGAGUAUGUCAUAUUCCAAUGGCUGAACCAUUUUGCACCAAAACCAGAGAGGUUCUUAUGGAGAUUGCCAAGAAACAUGGGAUUAAGUGCCACUCAAAGGGGACAGUGAUCACCAUUGAGGGGCCACGUUUCAGUUCUCGGGCAGAAAGCUUGAUGUUUCGCAACUGGGGGGCUGAUGUUAUCAACAUGACCACAGUUCCCGAGGUGGUUCUUGCAAGAGAAGCCGGAAUCUGCUAUGCAAGUAUUGCUAUGGCAACAGAUUAUGACUGCUGGAAGGAGCAUGAAGAAGCUGUUUCAGUGGAUAAGGUUUUAAAGACUCUGAAAGAAAAUGCGAACAAGGCAACAAGCAUACUUCUUACUGCUAUACCUCAAAUAGGUUCCAUGGACUGGACAGAAACUCUGCAUAACAUGAAAUGUACUGUGCAGUGCUCAGUCAUGUUACCAAAACAUUAAAAGCAUGGAUGGGCUCUGAAGUUUGGAUGCUCAGAAGAAAGGAGAGGAUCAGUCUUGAACAUCUAACAGUUACAAUGUUUUGGGAAUUUGAUGUUUAGCAUAAAAGAAUACAGUAAACAUUGCACUGGUCUAUUUCUUGUCUGCUAGUAAAGUAUCAUGCUAAAGAAGAACUUAACAAUAACCUUGGAAUUUAUUGACUGUGUGAACUGUUGACUGUGUGAACUUAUUGAACUGUGUGAACUGUUGACUGUGUGAACUGGUAGGGCAAUGGGAUAAGCAUUCCAUAACAAAUUAUAAUAUUUAAGAUCCUAGUACUUCUGUUCUUGUUUACAAACUUCAGAUGAGAAAGAGUGCUUCAUUCAUCCUUUGCUCAAUAAUAGCUGUUCAUUCAUGGCCUGGAAGAAGGCAAGAGAAGAGGAGGGCUUAGAUUGUGUACUCUUAUUGAUCAGUUUAAAAAAAUAAAGACUUCAGAAAGUUAAAACGACAGAGUUAUUAGUUGCUUUGCUAUCUCCUUUUUGUGAGAGCAAACUAUCUUUUAUCACAGAAAUAUAACUGAAGGACUAUAGGUUACUUAAUAAAAUACACUACAGUAUUUUUAUAUUUUUUUAUAUGUUACCUGUAUUGAUUUUCACUGUUCUCUUCUGAAAAAAAAUUGCUUUCUGUGGGGUUUGUGACUUGGACAUCUUAAGCCCAAAUUUUAAAAGUAUGUCCACUUUUACUGCCAUACUGUUUCACCAUAAGUAAUUGUGCCAGCUGUUUUGCAGCAGCAAUAAUUUGAGUACAAAUGUCACCAUUUCAAAUGUUUACUUGAUUGCAUGAGCAAGUCAGAUUUGUUUCUGCACUUGAUUGCAGGCACAUAUAUUUACAGGUACAUAAUAUUCCUGCAAAAUUGGAGUCUGGAUUUCAAUCUCUUUAAAAAAUUAGACUCAUGAAACUUUAUGAACUUAUGUUUCUCAAUUUUAGCUUGAAUUGCUUGAGUUUCGGAAGGAAUGAUAUGCAUCAAGGAUCUGAUCCAGGGCCCACUGCAGUCACUGGAAAGACUUCCAUUGUCCUCAUUGGAGUUGGCUCGGGCCCUAAUUAACUAAAACUGAAGUGACAAAUUUAGAACAACAUUUUGGCCUGACGCUACUGUCUGUUCUGUACACCAGGGGUAGCAUUUUCUGCUACAUUUGUCUACAGAAUUAUUUUUCUUUAAUUUUAUUCUGAUUUACAACUACGUUAGUGAUGAAUGUAUCUACUGUUGAUUGUAUCCCAUGUAUAUAUUCAUGCACUCUACAUCUACUGCAUAUGCAGAAUGAAUACAGCUUGCCUUCAAGAAAAUAGUCUGCUGCUGCUUGUCUAAUAAAUAAACCAAAUGUAACCUCCUGCUUCU